AUGGAUGAACACGCUCGUAUCAACGGGGAGCAGGCUGCCUACCAGAUGCCUAGCUCCUACUCUGAAUCCUCCUCUGGAGAAAUUCCCAUUACACCCGUUGAUCAGAUUCAUACCACUGUCCCCGAGGAACCUCCCUCGCGUCGGGAGUCUCGGCACUCCUACGUGCAGUUGCCUCCGGCUCCCGUCCAGGUGAAUGGUCCUAGAAGAGCUCAACCUGUGACCUUCCCCGACGUGAGUGUGCCAACCGUCAAUGGUAUUGUGCCCCAGGACGCUCCGAGCGCGCCUCGAGUCCUACGCACUGCGCCUAGUCCAACUACUGGCACUCAAGCAAUUCCUACCAUUCCACUCACCAUCCAAGAACGCCGUCGUCAACGCCAUCGACGUUAUAACCGAAGCGGACUCAAUCAAUCUGGAGCGCAGCUGUCUCCUCACGCGCCGGCCUUCGUGCCCUUAUCCAUCCCGACAACCCAGGCCGCCCAACAGUACAGAGGAGGCGCACCCGUUGUCCCUGCGACAGGAGACGACCGCUCGUUCUACGAGCGGCGCUCAUAUAUCCAAUCCGCACCCCCCGCUCACCUCUAUCCCCAACAAUUCCCUCAACAGCACCAACAACCCUCCCCUCUAACCACCGGUCUGUAUUCCGGUUACCGAAGCGGCGGUUCUAAUUCCCAACCCGGCUCCUCCACGUAUUCGAGCAGCCAGUACCUGGGACCUACUCCGCCCCCGUCCAGCUUGACGUCCGGAAGCUCGUACCAAGGAUACCAGCGCGGAGCUACUCCUCCUCCUGGCCUUGGCUCGUCUGUAGGCUCGCUGCCCUCCGGACCGCCCGUGCUUCCUGCCCGUCCACAGCGGGUCUUCCAGAACCAAGGUGCGGCCUAUGAGUACGCGCGACCGCUUCCCCUGAGACAAUGGACUGAGGAACAGUCACGCGAGGAGCGCAUUCGCAUUCAUCGCGAGCGAGAUGAACGAGCGCGAGGUUUUGAUGAGCGGGAUGAUGACGAGUUCAUUCCGGGCCUGUGA